AUGGCGGCUGUGACUAAUGGUAAGCCUGAGCAAGCAACCUCAGAGAUAGAUCCGGUGUGGUUGUCUAGCCGUACCGCGAGACAAAUAUAUGCUCUGGGCGAGGUGGAGAAAACUGACAAGCCGGAGGACCACAUGCCCCAAGGCGAGGAGCGCUCCGAGCAGUUUGUUGUGGAAGUGAGCGAAUACUUCGAACGGCUGGACGCGAUACACAUGGCCAUACGCUCCUCCCUCGCGCACAUCCGCCAGGCACGUUUCGCGCCCUCCACGAUCAACGCUCCCGACCCUGGAUUUGUCCCCCCGCCGCUCGGUGUCGGUAUGCGCGGCGCGGACGCGAGCGACCACGACCCGACGCGGACGCGCGGCUUCCAGGAAGAGCGCGUCGAGCGCGACGCGUGGAAGGGCAUCCUGGACGCGCUCACGCGGAUCAAGCAAGCGCGGGACGAGGAUAGGCGGAAGAAGGACGACGAGAUGCAGGUGUAG